UCCUUUGUUGACAAAACUUGGCACCACUCGCUCGCCGAAGUUUGUUUUUGUCUGCUGUUGCUGCUGCUGCUUGUGCUGCUGUGCUGCUGCCGCUGCUCUUUUGUUUUUCGAAUCCGCCAGAUACGCUCGCACAUCCCGCCCUGCAGGUUGUUUUCGUUGCCCAGCGAAAAGGUCGUCAUUCUCACGGUUGUCUCUAGUCGCGUGCGCAAUUCAAUCCAAUCGUAUCCAAUCCGAGAAACUUCAACUAGCGACGGCUAUCCGCGGAAUACAAGUGACCAGUUGUUGCAAGUGCCGCCUUAAUUGGAUUACAAUGCUCAAGUGUGGCAAGUUUGAAGAGCUUUCAAAACUCAGAAAACUCAUUUAAGUGUUCAGUUGAAUGUUUAUUGGUUAUACUUUUUACACCGACUAUUAUCUGGAUUAAAGAAGCUGUUUCAUUUGGAAUAUGGUUGUUAUAAAUGGCUACACCUUCAAGACGCAGCAACUACUCACACAGCAGCCCGAACAUUCUCAGCAGUCCCAAUUCCUUCAGUUGCAGAGUCAGGGUCCGAAUCCAAGUCCUGGUCAACAGCAAACAGCUGGCUCCAUGACCAUGCCGGCAGCGGCACCGGGCAAGGGCAAACGGGAAUGGGAUAUCAAUGAUGCCAUUGUGCCACAUGUUCCGGAUCAGGAGUUUGACGAGUUCAAUGAGUGGAGCGAUGGUCAUGUCAGGCACAUCUACUCGCUGCACAACGAGGAGGCCAAAAAGCAUAUAUCCGGCUGGGCCAUGCGAAAUACGAACAAUCACAAUGUUAAUAUCCUCAAGAAGAGCUGCCUGGGAGUCCUGGUCUGCUCCCAGCAUUGUACACUUCCCAAUGGAUCGAAGAUUAACCUUCGUCCGGCCAUUUGCGACAAAGCCCGGCGAAAGCAGGAGGGCAAAGCUUGUCCGAACAAGAGUUGUCGUGGCGGAAGACUGGAAAUCAAACCGUGUCGCGGACACUGUGGCUAUCCGGUCACCCACUUUUGGCGGCAUUCCGGCAAUGCCAUCUUCUUUCAGGCCAAGGGAGUGCACGAUCACUUGCGACCGGAUCCGAAGAACUCCAGUGUUUCCAAGAGGGCUUUUGGCAGGGUGACGCUGGGAGGAAAGUCUGCCAAUGGAUCAGUCGGAAAGAAGUCGGUCAUUGCAGGCUUGGUUAAGCAGGUUAAGCAACAACAUAGUUUGAUAAGCAAGGUCCUGAAGCGUCCUGCUGCCAGCAAUCCUUUGGGACACUCCGCUUUGGAUAUAUACCAGUACAAUGCCUGUGGCAAGUGCACAACUUACAGCCACUGCACCUGCAGCUACCUGGAGGACACGACCACAGCGAGGAGUCACCAAUUGUCGCAGUCAUCGAAUUAUGGAACCAACUCCUGGCCUCUGAGUGGAUCUGAGUCUUCGGCGCCCUGUGAGACCGCCGCAAAUGUUUUUACGGUCAACCACCAGCACAUUACCUACAACUAUCCCAUCUACCAUGCAACUCCGGCGGCGGCAACAGCGGCACCAAGUAAAUCACCCAGUUUGCCCUACACUUGCAGCAUUUCGGAACUGGCCGCAUACCAGCAAUCAUCCAGUGGGAAUGCAUACACCAUGGGUGCUUCCGUACAUGGACAUACCCAGUGUCAGGGCCUAACUUACGAUUCCAGUCCACAACUGGCUACACCGGAACCGGAGUUCAUCAACUACUCGCAGGUCAAGCACUUUUGUGGUGGUCAGGAGGAAAUCACCUGCAAAGGUGAACCUGGGGCGGGUGUGCCGCCCACCAUCAAGUACAAUGCCACCGUGGAAACUCAGCCGUAUGUGGAGGAUAACUAUGACUACUACUAUAGUCCCAAGACGGAGUACGAGAUGCAGCAGCAGCACCACCAUCCACAGCACCACCAGUCGACGCACCAGCAAUUCGGGGGUAAUCAAUCCGCUGGGCAUCAUUACUACGAGAGUGGCAGUAGUUAUAAUGGAGUUAGCUACUUCGAUACUGGAACCACCACGGCGCCGGGAAAUGUUGCGAGUGGAAACAGCUUGGACACCGGAUACGGGAGCUACUACGAUCACUACUCCAGCUACGAACAACAAAUGGUUGCAGCGGGUGGCUUUACGUCAGCCGGAGGAUCCAGUGUUCCGGCAGUGGCACCCCCACCUGGCCACCCACCUCCUCCACCGCCACCGCCCACGCUGACGUACCACCAUCACCAUCACCACCACUUGCACCAUUCGGCGGCAACGACAGCACUGGCCCCACCGGCCACCCAAUGA